ACGGGAACAUUAGAAUUUUUCUUUUGACCAGCAAGGCGUAUCAGGUAAUGAUCCAGUCAUGACCCAUUAUUUCCUCUUCUAGGAUAUUACAAUGCUUGCUGAAUAUAUAGAACAACGCGAACCUUGUUGCCCUCCUCCCACAUUGGCCCGACGCUCCUUCAUAUCACCAUGUUGAGAUUAGCCCGAAGGCAGCUCACCAUAAGGUGCUGUCCAUCAGUCCUCACGCCGACUCAUGUAUUUCCAACCACUCGGUUUGCCGCUAUGACAUUGCGUCAUCAAAGCGAGGCAGCGGCCUUACGGGAGCGUCCAGAGUCGUCCGCCCAGAACGAUUUUGUCCUGUGGACAACGACCUCGGUCAGGAAUUCCAAGAAUCGAGAGCAGUCGCGCCGGGCCGAUGCGGCAAGGGCCACGGCAACAACGAGUUCCGCACAGAAGGGGAAGCGACGCACGGGAAGCGAUAUACGGAAGAAGCAUAUAAAACUAUCAGACCGCGCAAAAGUAACGAAGAAGCCACAGGGUCCUGGACCUGCAGACCAGCCCACCAUGCCCUCCUCCGAAGAGUUCUCCGAAGAGUUGCCCGAAGGGCCUGCGCAUCUGCUAGCAUCCCCAUACAGUGUUGUACAUUCGCGUUUCCGAUCCAUCAGAGGGGCAUCGUUCAAAAUAAAAACGAUCCAAAGCUCCCGCUCUCGCUGCUUCCAGACAACCGCCGUUGCGACUUUGCCUGGCAUCACGACCAUGAGAACCAUGGCAGAGGACGCAACCAAGAAAGGUGCCGAAAGAGCUGCGGCGCUCCGAAUCGUGGCGCUGUUGCACAAGGAAGGUCUGGUGGAAGAGCUGUGGCCUCAACAUGAGAAGCUGAGCGCGGCUGUCUUGACCGCAGAGAAGGAUGCUAUCAAAGACGUCUAUAACUACUGUGCCAGACACUUGGUCGUACCCCAAAUGGUGGCUGGUAAAAGGACACGAAUGCAGACAAAAUCGUACACCUGUAAUAUCCGGCUUGAAGAGCAAGGCAUUGAGGUCUCGGCGUCGGCGACCUCUGUCGACCGCGCAGAGAUCGGUGCAGCUCUGAAGUUCAAGGCCGCGGCAGAAGGCUACAUAGCCAAUACCCAAGCCGCGGGCGACCAUAACGGCCUAACCGUCGACACUGCAUCCAAAUUCCAUGAGUGGUUACAGAUGCAUCGCAAAUCCUACGACUUCGACUUGCGUGUGGAUAAGACGGGUGGCAUUUUCGAAGCCCAAGUCCUUCCCAAGUCGGAUCGGUCGGGUGCCCCGGAGAACUCUAGAAUCCAGGCCAGGGGAAAGCAGUUGGCCUCGGAUCUCGCCCUUCUUUGUUCGGCAAUCAACAUCUGCAAAGCAGAGCCGGCACUGCUGGUGCUGUUCACCGCAGCAAUGAAGGAGGGCAAUGGCCGCAUCGUGCGGAAACUUGGGCCUGUCACGCUGGAAGUGCCAGAACUGGCAAUGAACCUGAUGCAGCGUACAGUGCGGGCGACGAAAGACUUGCGCAUCGCUGGCGCUGGCGCCAGGUUGACCGCGAUUGAUGAGUCGGAGCAGCAGCAUAAAUACUCAACACGACAGCAUCUUAGUCAAGAGCAGAAGCGGGUUCUGUCGCAGGGCCUGGCCGGCAUGUAUGAUCGCUAUCUCGCAAGCGAUGAGAUGGCCUCGAUGCGCAAGAUCAAAUCUGAAUUGCCUAUGAACAAGUACAAGCCACAGGUCUACCAACUGGUUGAGGACAACGUCUUCAGCAUCAUCAUUGGCGCCACGGGCAGCGGAAAGACGACCCAAGUGCCGCAGAUCAUCUUGGAGCAGUACUAUAAGAGCGGCAAAGGCGCCGAGUGCAACAUCAUGUGCACCCAACCACGCCGAAUCGCUGCAACCUCAGUCGCAAGUCGAGUGGCCGACGAAAUGGGCCCAGAACUCAAGGCUCACGUGGGACAUCACGUCCGUUUUGAUGCACGAUUGCCACGCCAGGGUGGCAGCGUCACGUACGCCACCACUGGUAUCCUCCUACAACAGCUUCAAUCCGAUCCCGGCCGCAUCUUCGACCAUGUAUCCCACCUCAUUAUCGACGAGGUCCAUGAGCGGGACCGCAUCAUCGACUUCACGUUGACUAUCCUGAAGAAAGCGGUAGCGGAACGAUUGAUGCAGGGACUCAAGGUCCCGAGGAUCACCUUGAUGAGCGCUACGCUGGACACCGAGCUGUUUGCUAACUAUUUCAAGAACAUCGGGCCUGACGGCGAGGAAUUCGAGGCACCUGUUCUCUCUGUCCCAGGCCGAACGUUCCCGGUUACGGAGCGACAUCUGGACGCUGUUUUGGAUGACCUACGCAAAAACUAUACCCAAGCAGAGCUGAGAGUUCUCGAUGCCGAUAAAUUCUCUGCACAGUACCUGGACAUUGAGCACCGUUUUGCCCGUGGCGCAUUAACAGGUCGAGAUGACGAGGUCGGCGUCAUCGAUUGGAAGGCGAAGCAGAACCUCGUCGACAACGAGCUUGGCGGCAAUUCUGCUGACGACGCCAUCACACCGUAUGGUCUUAUCGCCACCACCAUUGCGCAUGUCUUGAGGACCACGAGUGACGGCGCCAUUCUGGUGUUCUUCCCAGGCUUGGACGAGAUGCAACGGGUUGAAAAGUUGCUGCAGAACCAGGUGCUAGGUGUCGAUAUGAUGGAUACCUCCAAGUACAGAACUUACCUACUCCACUCGUCUAUUCCCGAUGCGCAGAAGACCGUCUUCAACCCUGUGCCUCCAGGGGUCCGCAAGAUCAUUUUGAGCACCAACAUCGGUGAAACGUCCAUCACGAUCCCCGAUGUCAAGCACGUCAUCGAUACGGGCAAGGUGCGUGAGACGCGUUACGACCACGUGAAGCGCAUCUCGGCACUUCAGAGUACAUGGAUCAGCAAGUCCAACGCGAAACAGCGCGCUGGAAGAGCUGGUAGAGUCCAGGAUGGUCAUUAUCUCGCCCUGUACACCAAGGCACGGCACCAGUCGAUGCGCGCUAUUGGCCUUCCAGAGCUCCUCCGCUCCGAUUUGCAGACGACGUGUCUCAACAUUAAGUCGUCCAUCCCCGGCGUCGAUGUGACCGAGUUCCUGGCCGCCGCUAUUGAGCCACCCAGUGCUGCCAGCGUCAAAGAAGCCCUCAAGAAUCUCGCCGAUUUGGGCGCCCUCACUCGCGACCAUGGGCUGACGGCGUUGGGCAAGCUUUUGGCCUCCCUCCCCGUGCAUCCCGCUCUGGGCAAGAUGAUCCUGCUCGGUGUGCUGUUCAAAUGUCUCGAUCCUAUCAUGGUUGUGGGCGCCGCUGCUGAAGAGCGAGGCCUGUUUAUCACGGCGCCCGAUGUCAGGUCCCAGAGCGCGCAGAACAAAGUUUCGUAUGCUGCCGGGUCAGAAAGCGACCACCUCGCACUGUACAAUGCUUUCUGCGAUGUACGAGACAACUACUCCCCUCAAGAUGAAAGGCGGGCGAGGGAUGUUGCCUACAAAGAACUCAUCCAUUUUGGUGCCUGGAAAUCUGUUUACGGUGCUGCGCAGCAGAUGGAGCAGAUAUUCCUGGAGGCCGGCCUUAUAUCUCGCCCCGAAGAGUGGGAAAAACGGGACAGGUCACGGAUGUUCGGAGGAAAGGAGCUCAACAAGCACUCGCACAAAAGCCACAUUGUCAAGGCCAUCUUGCUUGCUGGUUUACAGCCCAACGUAGCUAUCGCGACGGGCAGGGAGGCACGAAUUUGGCGAACUUUCGGCGAGCCGGUUUCGCUCUUGCCACAAACAAGUGUUCUAACCAGGGCACCCCCGAGAUCAACCCAGGACGGCGCGCGUUCCAAUCCCAUCCUGGUCACCUUCACCAACCUCGUCAAGUCAACCGAGGGCUCAACCUUCCUCCGGGAUGCGAGCACCGUCAACCCACUCGCCGUUGCGCUGUUCGCCAGCAAGCUGACGCAGGUCGACGGCAGUGGUCCCGUCAUUACGGCAAACGAAUGGUUGCCAUUCUUUGUCAGAUGCGAACGCUCCGGCUGGCACUCGGCGAACAACCUGCUGCAGUUCCGAACUUCACUCAACAAGAUGCUGAUGCAUGCGUUUGGUGACUUGGCACACUUGGGCAAGUCGACGAGGGACGGAGGCCGGAAAGGUAUCCACGAUAGCAAACUAAGGUCGGAUGUCUUUGAUGCUGCGGUGGCCGUUUUGGAUGUGUCGGAACGCUCAAAGGUGUUUGCACCGGGUCCUUCCAGGGAUAGAGUAGAGACGAAUAGACGGGAGGUAAGUCCAGAUAGACUGAAGAGGCGGGCCCGGGACGCAAAAUAUCGUGCAUAGGUGGGCUGUUAGACUCGUGUGUAUAUUAUACUGUAUUAGACUUGUAUAUUACGGGCACCAGGAGCCCCGUCUAUGUAGUUGGAGAUGUAUAAUCGCAAAUGUCACUCUAGCAACCGCAAGUUGAAUGAUUUCACGUGGUCUGGUGUCGCAUUUGCCGUAUUGAACUAAGGUUUGUAAGGACUAAGACUUCAAAACGCAUGAAUGCGACGUCAUAAUGCAAAAUGGGGUGCAUACAAAAAGGUG